UGAGGGCGCACACUUACGCACAUUUACGCACAGUUACGCGCAAAUAAGCAAACGCGUCUGAAACUUAGAAGAAAACUCUCAAUAGUUGAAAAGUUUCAAACGACCAAUCAGUUAGAAUUUUUUGAAAUGAAUAACAAGGUUAUUUGCCUGUUCUUGCUUGGAAGCUUGAUCUUUUGCUGUGGUGGAGGUGUUACAGUGGAUCCCUGCUGCUCACAACCCUGCCAGAACCAGGGUGUAUGUGUAUCUAAAGGCUUCGACGCCUAUGAGUGUGACUGCACCCGGACUGGAUACUACGGAGAAAACUGCACCAAACCGGAACUUUCCACAUGGAUCAAGUCCAUUCUGAAGCCAAGCCCAAGCACAGUACACAACUUGCUGACACACUAUAAAUGGAUAUGGGACAUCAUUAAUAAUGUCUCGUUUCUGAGGAACACUUUGAUGCGCUAUGUUCUCACAUCAAGGUCAAAUUUGGUGGAAAGUCCACCAACUUACAAUGCUGAUUAUGGCUACAAAAGCUGGGAGGCAUACUCCAACUUGUCCUACUACACUCGUACACUGCCCCCAUUACCCAAACACUGUCCAUCAACGGGCUCUGUGGCUCUUCCUGAUCCCAAGGAGGUGGUGGAAAAAGUCCUCCUGAGACAGAAGUUCAUUCCUGACCCACAGGGUACGAGCCUGAUGUUUGCAUUCUUCGCCCAGCAUUUCACCCACCAGUUUUUCAAGUCUGACUUUAAGAAAGGACCAGCCUUUACUAAAGCCCUGGGCCAUGGAGUGGAUUUAAGUCACAUCUAUGGAGGCAACCUGGACAGACAGCACAAACUGAGACUUUUCAAAGAUGGAAAGCUGAAAUAUCAGGUGUUGGGUGGUGAGGUGUACCCUCCUCUUGUUAAAGACAUUCAGGUCGAGAUGCACUACCCACCUCACAUUCAGGAGGAGUUCAAAUUUGCAGUGGGCCAUGAAGCGUUCGGCCUGGUCCCUGGCCUCAUGAUGUAUGCCACUAUCUGGCUUAGAGAACAUAACCGUGUGUGCGACAUCCUGAAGCAGGAGCAUCCAGACUGGGACGAUGAGCGUCUUUUCCAAACAACACGUCUUAUACUGAUCGGUGAGACCAUCAAAAUCGUGAUUGAGGACUACGUUCAGCACUUGAGCGGCUACCAUCUCAAGCUUAAAUUUGACCCUGAGCUCCUCUUCAACGAGAGGUUCCAGUACCAGAACCGCAUCGCAUCUGAGUUCAGCACGCUGUAUCACUGGCACCCGCUGAUGCCUGACACAUUUCACAUCCAGAACCAGGUGUAUACACACCCCCAGUUUCUCUUCAACAACUCCAUAGUGGCACAUCACGGGAUCAGCAACCUGGUGGAGUCUUUCAGCAAGCAACAGGCUGGCAGGAUCUCUGGUGGAAGGAAUCUGCCUGCUGUAGUGCAGAAAAUGGCUACUAAUGUCCUGGAGCACAGCCGAGAGAUGCGUUAUCAGUCCUUUAAUGCUUACAGGAAGCGUUUCAACAUGCAGCCAUAUAGAUCGUUCGAAGAACUGACAGGAGAUAAAGAGCUUGCAGCAGAUCUUAGGAACCUGUAUGGAGAUGUGGACUCUCUGGAGCUCUACACUGGGCUUCUGGUGGAGAAAACAAGGCACAAUGCUGUGUUUGGAGAGACCAUGGUUGAGAUGGGUGCCCCCUAUUCCCUCAAAGGGCUUCUGGGAAAUCCUAUCUGCUCACCAGAGUACUGGAAGCCAAGCACGUUUGGUGGCAAAGUGGGAUUUGAGAUUGUAAACACAGCUUCCCUGAGGAAGCUCGUUUGCCUCAACCUUCAAGGACCUUGCCCAUUCGUGUCCUUUAAAGUGCCUGAUGACAAAGUGUACAAUUUAGCAAACAUUAACUUGAAUUCAACUCCUGGUGAGGGAGACAUCAAUCCCACUGUUCUACUGAAAGAACGGACAUCAGAGCUUUAAAAGUAUUUUUUUAAAUGUUUUUAGUAUUUUUUAAAAUUAUUUAUGAAAUUAUUUAUUUCAAUAUUUAUUUAUUUAUUUGUUUGUUGCAGCUAAU